UCGACGGUCACACUAUUCUCAGCACGUUGUUUUGAAUAAUCCACCUGAUCUGCUUCGCUUAUGUUUUUAUUAAUAUAAUCUACUGCCAUGUCAAAUACCUAUUUUGAUGAGUAUGAAAACUUGGAGAUCCACGAGCUGAUGCUAAAGGAUCGACCUCGACAGGAAGCCUACUACAAUGCGAUUUUGGGAAACAAGGAUUUGUUCAAGGACAAAAUCGUGAUGGAUGUGGGCGCCGGCACUGGAAUUCUAUCCGCAUUUUGCGCAAAAGCAGGAGCCCGCUUAGUCUAUGCCAUUGAGGCUUCAAAUGUGGCCACCAAAGUCGCACUGGAUUUGAUAGAAGAUAAUGGACUAACAAAUGUAGUGAAGGUGAUUCAGUCAAGGAUCGAGGAGUUCACACUGCCUGCCCAUGCGGAAAAGGUGGACAUCAUAGUGUCCGAGUGGAUGGGCUUCUAUCUGCUUCACGAGGGCAUGUUGGACUCGGUUCUUCUUGCCCGAGACAAGUUCCUUAAGGAGGACGGACUUCUGUUUCCCAGCGAGUGCACCAUCUUUGUGGCUCCCUGCUCAGUGCCGUCGCUUUUUGACGAUUGGCACAAUGUGGAUGGCAUCAAAAUGGACACUUUUGCCAGAAAAUUGCGAAUCCAAAAGUCAGCCAGGCCUGAGAUAACGCAUCUAAAUCCGCAAGACCUUCUCCACGAGGGCGUCGUCUUUCAUUGGAUGAAUCUACUGGACGUUCAGCCCAACGAACUGGACAGCAUCCAAUUUAAGGAGGUGGUGACGGCACAGAAGGCGGGAAAACACCAAGGCUUCUGCAUUUGGUUCGAUGUACGAUUUCCUGGCGAGGAUUCAGUGCUGAGCACAUCCCCGACCUCUCCACCAACGCAUUGGAAGCAGUGUGUAGUCGUCCUGCCCGAGGAAUCCUGCGAGACCCUGGAGGAGAAGUCACCAAUAGCCUUUCAAAUUACCAUGAAGCGCAGUGCGGCCGAUAUGCGUAAAUACAACCUGGAGGUGGAUCUGCUUGAUCCCAACACCGAGGAGCACCCAGUGCCGUGCUCCUGCCAUAUGACCAAAUGCAUUCUUACCGAAGCUCACCUUAAAAUGAUGGACACCUCAUAAGAUAAUGACAAUCAAACUGUGGGGGAAUCAAUUUAUUUAACAUUUUUAAUACAAAUACAAUAAUAUAUCUCAGUCAAACUUAA